GCCAUUGAGAAGCUCGUUUAUCAGCAGGUGAGCUGUUACUGACAUUCGCCGGCAUCAGCUGCAAAUGCCUUACCGGCCCACGGCUCCACCGUUCUUUGACAAAUCGCACAUGCAUGUACACUCUAGUACAGCAAACUUUCGAGUCUCGACCGAGGAUAUAUAAGAGAGCUCGAACGAUACGAUCGACCCCAUAACACAUUACUCACCUUUCUGUCGUCCCCCUCAUUGCCCGGAACAUCCUUUGCCCCACAGCGCCUUCCACCCUCCUAUACACACAUCACCUGUCAUUCGCCAUGCUGGAGCCCGUAGAAGCCGAAUUUGCCAGGCCCCCCAUCUACAACGAUGCACAAGAGGAGGUCUUUCAAUCUGAAGAGAUCGAGGAGCCGAACGCCAUCACCCAUGCCGCCAACAACCUUACCCGGGUCGAGACUAGGGAAGGUCGCCAAGCCAGUCCCACCCAUUCUCAGAGCUCCACGCUCCAGAAUAACGGAGUGGCUGCCAAGCUUGACGAUCCCGAGAAGGGUGGCUAUCAAAAGACAGCAGACAACAAAAUCCUCGUAACAUUUGACGUCGGGGAAGAUCCCAAGGAAUGGACAAAGUCCAAGAAGUGGCUUGCUACUAUUACGGCUUCAAUGCUAUGCUUGACGGUGGCCCUGGGAAGCGCCAUGCCAACAGGGGAUCUCCCUGGUGCGGCAGAGGGUCUUCAUGUGUCCGAUGAAGUCAUCUACUUGACUAUCACGCUUUUCGUGGCCGGCUUUGGUAUUGGCCCUCUCUUCUUUGCUCCUCUGAGUGAACUUUACGGCCGUCAGCCGGUGUACAUGGUCUCAAUAAUCUUCUAUUUUCUCUUUACUCUUCCUUCAUGUCUCGCCAAAAACGUCGCCACUACAUUGGCCGGCAGAAUGAUUGCUGGUAUUGCCUCUUCAGCCCCCUUCACAAAUGUCGGUGGCACUAUUGCGGAUGUCUGGGCUGUUCAAGACCGCGGCAUCCCUAUGGCCAUCUAUAGUUCAACAUUGUUUAUGGGACCAUGUCUGGGUCCCCUCUUCGGAGGAUGGAUCGCUCAAAAGACAGGUACUUGGCGAUGGAUCUACUGGGUCCUCUUCAUUACCAUCGGCGCCAGCUGCAUUCUUUGUCUCUUCAACCCCGAGACUCUCGCGCCCGUCCUUCUUCGCAAGAAAGCCAAGAAGCUCAACAAACAGCACAACACCGACGCCUACACAACCGAAGCCGACCUCCACAGACCGUCAUUCGGAACUGCCAUCAAAGCUGCUUUGAUUAGACCGUUCGCAAUGAUGAUUGAGCCUAUCAUCAUCCUCUUCACAUUCUACCUUUCGUUCGUUUAUGCUCUGUUGUACGCCACCUUCUUUGCCUUCCCUAUCGCAUUCGAAGAGAUUCGAGGGUGGAGUAUGGGCAUGACUGGCGUUUCGUUCGUCUCGAUCAUUAUCGGCAUCUUCCUCGCGAAUGUUGUCAUAAUGCCUCUGCAAGAGAGACUUUACAAGAAGUACACGGCCAAACACGGCUCAUCUCCCGAAGGUCGUCUCUACCCCAUGAUGAUUGGAGCCAUCGUUCUCCCUCCAGCUCUUUUCAUCCUGGCAUUCACCUCCUACCCGGGCGUCAGCUGGGUCGGCCCUUGUAUCUGUGGUAUCAUGUUUGGCUUUGCUAUGGUCUCCAUCUACAUCUCCGGAAACUCGUACAUUGUUGACUCCUAUUCCAAUGUCGCUGCUUCUGCCAUCUCUUCAAAGAACAUGAUCAGAUCUUUCGUUGGCGCUUCUGUGCCACUGUGGAUCACCCAACUCUUCCACAACUUGGGGUUCCAAUACGCUGGUCUUUUCCUCGCCUUGGUUUCCGUGGUUCUCAUGCCCAUUCCCUUCUUCUUCUUCUGGAAGGGUGCUUGGGUGCGAUCAAAGUCCGACAAGGCGAACAGGUAAUCCUCUUUCCAAUCUCGUACAUUAUGCAGCUGUAUACAAAUGGGCA